GCCGAUCAUCUGGUGGUCAUCUCUAGACUUCUUUAGACUCCCCACACAAGUUAUUCAAUUACACUUGUGAUCUGCCCUGCCCUGUCUGCUGAGCUGUCUAUAAGGACACUCCACUCCCGAAGCCACCUCUCUCCCAAUUUUCCACACGAGAUCCUGCCACAAUGGCCGACGUCGCAACCCCCUCAGGCGCCGCCAUGUUCGAUGCUGGCAACACCGACAAGAAGAAGGUUGAGAGGCUCGAGAAGCCCGAGAAGCCAGAUGAAGCUACAUACAAGGCAUCCCUGGCCAAAGCGGAGAAGGAACUUGCUGUUGCUUUGGAGAAAUUGGUACGUGCAGAGAUCGGGUCGGCCGAUGCAACAUUAUCCAACCCACACAUAUCUGCAUCUGUGAAUAAUUGUUAACGUUGGAUGGUAGAAUGCUGUCAAAGCCAAGCUCGAUGUCGGUGGGAGUAACAAAGACUCGCCUCAUGCUAAGGCAAAGGCCGAGGUGUUGUCCCAACUUAAAGAGAUCCAGAAGCAACAAGGCGAGGGCAAGGCCGGUCGAGGUCAAGUCUUGGACAAGAUCAAGAAACUCGAUGACAGCAUGCGCGCUGAUCAGACUGCCCUCAAGACGGCCCGUGGACGUUUGCCCUACAAGUCACUAGAAGAUGUUGAUCGUGAGAUCGAACGCCUGGACAAGCAAGUCAACAGUGGUAUGAUGAAGUUGGUAGACGAGAAGAAGGCGUUAGCCGAGAUCUCCAGUCUGCGAAAGCUGCGCAAGCAAUUUGCUGGCUUAGACGAGACCCAGAAGAGUAUUGACAACAAAAAGGCCGAGAUCAAGAAGCUACGUGAUAGCACGAACGACCCAGAAAGCAAGGCCUUGAGCGAGAAGUAUAACAAACUUCAGACUGAGCUCGAUGGAUACAAGGCCAAGGAAGAUGAGACUUACAAGAACAUCAAAGGCCUUCGAGACGAGAGAACCAAAUAUCACAAUGAGCAACAAGAAAAGUGGGCUGCGGUCAAGAAGCUCAAGGACGAUUACUACAACGCCAACCGUGCUGUCCAAAAGUGGGAGUACGAAGCCCGUCAAAAGCAGCGUGAGCGCAAGGAAAAUGAGUACAAGACUGCUUUGAAGGAAAAGAAGAAGGAACGUGCCCAACAAAUGCUUGCAGAGGCCAGUGAGAAGGCAUAUUUAGAUGAAAUCAGACGUGCACAGAGUCUUCUCCAAUUCUUCGAUCCUACAUUCAAGCAAGAAAAGGCACCACUUUUAGCACCAUCUGGACUACAGGCUUCUGCUCAAAGAAAGGUUGAUGAUUCCGGACUCAAGGGUACCAAGAUUGUCAAGAAGGAUGAGGAAGACUACUUUGCUGGCACUGGUGGUAAGAAGAAGGGCAAGAAGAACAAGAAGAACGUUGCUGUUGAAGAUGCUGCCCCAGUUGCAGCCAAAUUCAGCUGUCCCCCAAGUGUCAUGGAAGACUGCUCUUCUAUGGGAAUUGAGCCACCAAUGAGCGCUGCCGAUGUUCCAGGUGUUUUGGAGAAGGUUAAGGCAAAGUUGGAGCACUGGAAAUCUGACCAGGAGACUCAGACCCAGAAGGUAAAUCAUCCCGAUACCAUUCAUUCUGCGUUGCAAUUUCUAAUCCCCGCAAUAGAACAUCGAGAAGGCCAAGAAAGAGCUUGAGAAACUUGAGGCUGAAGAGGCCGAGACCCCUGCCGCAACUUCUGCCCCAGCCAAAGCCAAGAGCCACGGAGAGACCAAAGCUACUGCUGGUGUUGACGAUGGUGGAUCUGUCGCAAACGAGGUCGAACUGAUCAAGGAGGCUGUUGCUGAUGUUGUCGCCGAUCUUAAAGGCGCAUCUAUCGAAGACAACGCAUAAUCGCGCCCUGGGCCGUGCCACCAAUCUCAAUCCUAGAACUUUUGAAUCUCAACCGAACCUCGUAAGCGUCCCACUAUAACGUACUCUUCAUUGCAAAAAGUUAUUACCAUGGCUGCUGGAUCCUGCUUUUUUUCCUUCUCGGUUUAGGGCAAAUUUGGGAACAUUGGGCAGAUUUUUUUCCUUGCACGUUUACGCGCGAAUGCGAAAAGACAUUUAGUUACUUAUGGGCAUCGGCUUGCAUAUUCAUCCCA